AUCGACCAGAUCACUGUUUUACUCUCCCAUUUUUCUCGAUUUUCCUUUCGUCUUUGCAUUGUUUCAUAAACAAGAUGCGAUUGUUCGACUUCGAGAGCAAUAUGUUAUUGUGAAGGAAGUGAUCAUGGGCGUCGAAUCCAAGGCUCCUCCAAACAUCUCAGAAGUCGAGAAACCAAAAGCUCUAGAGUUUGAGAAGGCAACGGAGAAGGAUGGUGAAUAUUUAAAGGGCGAUAACUUGAGAGAAGCUUCAAAAGAACAGCUACUUGUGAAACCUAGACAAAUACGAGAGGAGUUGGUGCAAAUGGCUGUUAAGUUUCUAUCACAUGCAACAGUUAGAAGUUCUCCAGUUCUCUCUAGGCAUUCCUUUCUUGAGAAUAAGGGCCUUACAAAAGAAGAGAUAGAUGAAGCGUUUUCCGUGUUCCUGAUACACCUUCAGAUUUUGUGAUUGGACAGAGUCUUACCUCAAAUCAAGAUGUACAUUUAAAGUUAUUUACAAACAGUCAACCACAAGCCACUGCACUAGCAACAUCUCCACCAGCCCGGUUUUACUGGUCACAUGCCUUUGGUGUUAUGGGUUUGCUUUUUGCGUCUGGUGCUGGUGCAGCCAUACUCCUAAAGAGUUUUAUUUUUCCCAGGUUGAAGUCUUGGAUACGUAAGGUUGUUUUAGACCAACAUGAUGGCUCUUCCAAGAAGUCAAAACCAAGUUUGUUUGAAGAAGUUAUAUCAGCAGCCAUGACUGCCAGCACUGCAGCUGCUGAUGCUGCAAAAGCAAGCAUGGAAAUGUUCAACUCAAAAAACAAAGAGAGGCAGUACUUUGAGGCCUUAAAGAAGCAUAUAGACAUCCAAGUAGCAGAAUUGAGGUCAAUGAAUAACACAAUCCAGAAGCUGGAAGGCACAAGGAGGGCUGCUCCAUCAUCAUACAAGCAGCAACAAAAAUAUCUUCCAUAUACAUCUAGAAAUGAUAAUGCACCACAAAAAAGCCCUGUUUUUGACAGCAAAGAUCCUCAUAAGUCUCUUGCUAAUUCAAUGAAUGUGAAAGCAAAUGGUGUAUCAAAUUUUGGCAGCUCAGUGAUACCCUCAUCGGCACCUGCAUCUAUGAGGUCUUCUGUUGGCCAACACCCCAAGUCCUGUAUGGAGAUUUUGUCAAUGAUACAAAGAGGGGAAAUACCUCCUGGCAUAAAAGAGAUUAAUGAUUCACCCCCAAACCCAGAUCAACCACUGCCAAAUCCCGGCAUGGCUCAGAGAAUUAAGCCUUGGGAUGUUGCUCAGCCAUCUAAUAAAAGUACCUAUGAGAAGGACCUCAGAUCUACCUCUGAAUUAAAAUGUGACAGGGUGUUGCCAUGGUGGCAUAAAAACAAUGUCAGAACAGAAACGGAACCCAGAAAUGGGAUGAGGACAAGCAUGUUUGAUGUACCCAAUGACGGGUGGUCCAUCCAAUCAUCAGUACCUUCCCAGCCGUUUUGUGUUACCAUGCCCAGAGCAGUUUCAUAGUCAUUAAUUCAGGAAAGAUUGCGUGAUGAACAGUUGAUGGUACACGAUACAAUUAGAACUGGUGAGUGGCUGAGAAACAACACAAUGUAAGAAACUAGUGGUGGAUUGGACUUUGGAGAUUAACAACAAUUGUAGUUGAGUGUCAAACAAAAAUCAAAAAGAAAAUUAUGAUGUUGUGAAGAUAUGGCGUCCAACUUGAAAGAUAUCUCUGUGGAUAAAAUUGGGCACAGUGUAUGUAGUUCUGUAAUUAAAUUUCAAAUGAUCAGAUUGUUUUGUUAAAUAUAGGAACUUUCACUUAUGCA